AUGAAUGUUGGUCAAUUUGUUCAAAGUGGAAGAGGGAAAAACAAGCGAUCAUGGAAUAAAUCUGAGGAAGAGUGUUUGAUUAAUGGUUUGUUGGAGAUGAGUGCCGAUCCUUCAUGGAAAGCUGAUGGGAGUUUCAAAGGUGGUUUCAAGAAUAAGUUAGAGGAGAAAUUGAAUGAGAAGUUUCCUGGGUGUGGGUUGAAAGCUAUUCCCCAUAUUGAAUCAAAAAUCAAAUGGUUUAAGGAUAAAUAUAAUGUGCUAACUGAAAUGUUUUGCACUUCUGGUUUUUCUUGGGAUAAUGAAAAGAAUAUGAUUGUUUGUGAAAGGCAAUCUUAUGAAGAAUUUUGUAAGCAACACAGAAAUGCUCAAGGAUUAUGGAAUGUUCCUUUUCCAUUUUAUGAUCAACUGUCAGUUAUCUUUGGUGCCGAUCGAGCUACUGGAGUGCAAUCUGAGACUUUUGUCGAAGCUAUUGACAAUCAAGAGAAAGAGACCAUUGAACUAGAUAAGGGUGGUAGUGAUAAAGAUGAUGAAUUUGAUGAUAAUGAUUCCGUCAACCAAUCAAAACAAUCAACUCCAAGUGAACCUUCUUCAAAGAAAGCCAAAAAAGAAAAGGCUCCAAAUGAACAAGGAAGGAAAAGGAAGAAGCCGGAGGUUGUGGACUUAACUUCUUCUUUUAACAAUAUGUCUUCUAGCUUUUCAAAUCAUAUGAAUGAGAUGAACAAGCACAUGUCUACCAUUGCAAGUGCCUUCUCUACUACACAACUACAUGAGCAAGGUAUCAUGGCUAGUGAAGAAGUUGAGGAAAAUCAAAAAAAAAAAAAAUAG